CGCCACGUCCCGCACGUCCCGCCGCCCGAGCGCAGCGCAGGGCCCGGCGCGGCGGCUCCGGCUCGGCAUGCGGCUGGCGCGGCUGCUGCGCGGAGCCGCCUCGGCCGGGGGCCCGGGCCCGCGCGCCCGCCGCAGCCUGGCCUCCGACUCGGCCUCCGCCUCCGGCCCGGCGCCCGAGCGCGGCGUCCCGGGCCAGGUGGACUUCUACGCGCGCUUCUCGCCGUCCCCGCUCUCCAUGAAGCAGUUCCUGGACUUCGGAUCUGUGAAUGCUUGUGAAAAGACCUCCUUUAUGUUUCUGCGGCAAGAGUUGCCUGUUAGAUUGGCAAAUAUAAUGAAAGAAAUAAGUCUCCUCCCAGAUAAUCUUCUCAGGACACCAUCGGUUCAGUUGGUACAAAGCUGGUAUAUCCAGAGUCUUCAGGAGCUUCUUGAUUUUAAGGACAAAAGUGCUGAAGACGCUAAAGCUAUUUAUGACUUCACAGAUACCGUGAUACGGAUCAGGAACCGACACAAUGACGUGAUUCCCACCAUGGCUCAGGGUGUGAUUGAAUACAAGGAGAGCUUCGGGGCGGAUCCUGUCACCAGCCAGAAUGUUCAGUACUUUUUGGAUCGCUUCUUCAUGAGUCGAAUUUCAAUUAGAAUGUUACUCAAUCAGCACUCUUUGUUGUUUGGUGGGAAAGACAAAGGAAGCCCAUCUCAUCGAAAACACAUUGGAAGCAUAAACCCAAACUGCAAUGUAGUUGAAGUUAUUCAAGAUGGCUAUGAAAGUGCUAGGCGUCUUUGUGAUCUAUAUUAUAUUAACUCUCCUGAACUAGAGCUUGAAGAACUGAAUGCAAAAUCACCAGGACAGCCAAUACAAGUGGUUUAUGUACCAUCCCAUCUCUAUCACAUGGUGUUUGAACUUUUCAAGAAUGCAAUGAGAGCAACCAUGGAAUAUCAUGCUGACAAAGGUGUUUAUCCACCUAUUCAAGUCCACGUCACACUGGGUACUGAGGAUUUGACUGUGAAGAUGAGUGACCGAGGAGGUGGUGUUCCUCUGAGGAAAAUUGACAGGCUCUUCAACUACAUGUACUCAACUGCACCGCGGCCGCGUGUGGAGACGUCCCGAGCAGCACCCCUGGCUGGCUUUGGCUAUGGAUUGCCCAUCUCCCGUCUUUACGCUCAGUACUUCCAAGGAGACCUGAAGCUGUAUUCCCUCGAGGGCUAUGGGACUGAUGCAGUGAUCUUCAUUAAGAAGAGGCAUCUAUUACACUUGUGUACAAUUUCAAUCCAGUGGCAUCCAGGCUGGCUGGACAAUUACUGCCAGCAACAAAUUCAGUCAAUGUGCACACCAGGCAGUGCCAUAGACUCAGUCAAUAAUACGUUUCAAGCUCUGUCUACAGAAUCCAUAGAAAGACUCCCGGUGUAUAACAAAGCUGCCUGGAAGCAUUAUAAAACCAUCCACGAAGCUGACGACUGGUGUGUCCCCAGCAGAGAACCAAAAGACAUGACCACGUUCCGCAGUGCCUAGACAUACUCGGACCCCUAGGGAACCCAGAUGUGGCUCUUGUGUUAAAUUUGGAGGGGAUGGUGUUUAGAACUACAGUAUACCAAAUAUUUUGUGUCCUUUUCACAACUACUUGGGUAGAAUAAAUGAAAACUGAAUCCCAUUUAUGCCUAUUAAACCUCCUCAAGGAUAAAACUGUACCUAUUUGACACUUAUAUUUUCACAGUUAAUUGAACAUAUUUUUAAAUAACCAUAGUUUUGGUCAGAUUCCCCCUCUAUGGUAGACUUCUUUGGAUUUCUACAGGAAGCUGAGUGGUUUCGUAAAGUACCUUUCAUUUUUCAUUUGUGUCUGCUGGAAACAUUUUCUUAGUAAUACUGACUAGCUAGUUAACCAUUUUCCUGUUAUUGGCAAAAGUUCUGCCAUCCUUUACUUAGUGGUGACUGUAGUAAGAUGGUCUUCAUUUUUACCGUGAAGUGCUAACUACAAGGAAAGCAGAAACAGUUGUCCUGUUAACAUAGAUCCUCACACCUUAAAGCUUGAAUGCAUUAUCUUAGCUCUGAAGUUAUUUUAAAAUUUUAUUGCAAAAGAUUAUAAUGACUAGUUCCCUAUGGAUCUGAGCCUAGAUUGAGGGCAGUGUACUUUGAAUGUGCUUGUGACUAGCACAGGGAGAAAUCUUUAUACUGAAAACAAACUAGCAGCUGCUAAUAUUCUAGAGAAGAAAUUGUGGGCAAAACAGUGAGUUCCAAAAACCUGAAAUAUCGAUUGUUGUGAUUACUUGGGGGAGCUUGUGAGAAAGAGCUUUUUUUUCUGGUCCCUACUCCGGACAUACCGAAUUAGACUCUCCUAAAGUGCUGCCUCCGGGAGUCUGGUGCAUCAUCUACUUGGGGAACCAUUCUUGUGAAGUGAGCAAUGAUGAUACCACAUUUACUAAAGGAUCAGGGAUCUUAGGUUUUAGUUUUCACCACUAUAAGGUCAGACUUCCAGACUCUGGGAGACACAAACUGAAUCUCAAGCCUGGUACACUUGGAAGCAUAAUUUGAAGCAGGAGACAGAAUGACUACUGGAGAAUAGUAGGUAAUGGAAGGAUCAGAACCAUAAAUGUGCAAAGAGCAAAUACUUUAUAUAAGAGAUAUCUAGACUUUGUUACCAGGAAAAGGCCAAUUGAGGCUUAUGGCAGCAAUCCUUUGCAUUUGCAUAUAAUUUAUAGUCUACAGAUACUUGGGAAUAUUAUGGCAACUCUAUUGGUUUUAAAACAGAGGGACACAGAGCAGGUGGUGUCACCCUUGUGUUGGGAUUCAGAGUGUGGCUCAAGUUGCCCAGAAUCGGAGCUGGGGCCCAGGCUAUGUCUGCAGGCCACCAGUCAGCUGCCAGGUCGGGGAGACCAGGAAGUUAAGAGCCGGCUUAGUGAUACCUCAUCUUCUUUUAAGGUGACAAGGAAAUAACACUGAAAAUAAAUGUUAAAGUAAGAUUAAAAAUGUUUGUAAGAACAGCUUUACUACUAAAUUGGGGGCACUUUAUUUGGAAAGUACUUUGAGUUGAAACAUUUCAUUCUCAAAAGCAUUUUACAAGUUUAACAAUUCUAUAUAAGUUUGUAAAUUGGGAGAUGCUGAAGGGCAGUUAGUCUAGAACCCUGAUUUGAGAGAGGAUGAUUCUUGGAGGUAUUUUACCAGGAGGCUAUCUCACUAAUCUGAGCAAAUGUUUGAAAAAAAGACCUUUUGCCUAACCUAUUGUUCCUUUAUUAUGGAUUUUGUGAAAAAUAAUAGGAUAUGCUAAUAGACGCUUUUAUUAGUUGAAUGUGCAUGGGAGGCAGCAGUGGCUGUGGUGUCCCUGCUCUGGGGGAGCGGAGGGGAAUGGGAGACUAUCGCAGCUCAGCUCGAGGCGCCUCCUGAAGACCUUUUUGGCCUCCUUCCCUCAGACCCGGAUCCCUCCGCUCUCUGGCUGCUUCCGGCCCACAGCUGUGUAGAGGCCUCUGCCAAUCUUGUUUGGGGGAGCGAAAAGGUAGUUCAGGAGCCCCACCUACCAACCCACCAUCAUCCGCAAGGCGCCAGAAAAAAAAAUUUACACGUUUCUUGUAAUGACAAAAUAUUUUAGAAUUUUUGAAUCAAAAUUUAUACUUUCUUUCCUAAAUGAGACAUUUGUACAACUGACAUAAACUUGAUGUUUUUACUUAUGACUCGUCUUCUCACCCACCCCAAUUUAAACCCAUAUGUAAAGUUUUACCUCUUUAUUUAAUAGCUAAGAAAUCGUGUUUGAAAGGAAAAGUGAAAUCUUUUUCUUUAGCUUCUUUAAAAGUAUAAUAGCUCUUUGUUAUUGUGGUAAUUGACAAAGUUACAUAUAAAAAUAUUUGGAGGGAAGAUUUUUGCUAGUUGGUUUUAAAUCAUUAAGAACUGAAAUGUUUUUAGAUUUUUUUUUUACACUCCUUUGCCCAUUGACAUUUAAUGUGAUGCUAUGUAGAUAUGAAAAUAUACUGAAAGAUAAGGAUUGAUAGUAAGUGAUUUUUAUAACAUGGGCAUUUAAUGAAUGUGCCAACAUUUUUUAGGAAGAACUGCAGAAAUAUUCUGCCCUAUACUCAAAAUACUGGCUGGCUUUAGAUAUACGCAGUAGCAAUCACUUUCUUGUACUGUGAAGAUGUUGAAGUGGAAGUCUACCAGGUUAUUUUAUAAGAUGUUUUGUGAAUGGCAAUAAACUGAAAACAUGGAACAAU